GCGCCGCUUGAUUUUCGCGCGUUUGUUGACGUUGUAAAUUUAAGCAAUUUUCUUAAGUUUUAUAGAAAAAAUCGACUCAAGUUAAGUGUUUAAGAAAUGGAGAAAAAUACAAAAAAAUACAGUGAGCAAGACCUCAGUUGUGCCGUCGCGGAAGUGAAAGAGGGCAAGUCGACGUUACGCGCGGCCGCAAAGGCUCACGGAAUACCAAAAAGUACUCUCGAGGACAGAAUCAAGGAGCGAUGGAGUACAAUGCCGGAAGGAUCCCGUGGGGCACCCACUGCGUUGUCCGCCGAAGACGAAGCCUUCAUCGUAAGCUGGAUUCUACAGAUGGCCGCAGCCGGAUUUCCGGUCAACGAACGCAGUCUCAUUGUGAGAGUGGCGGAGUUUGCCAAAAACUUGGGAAAGGAAACAGCAUUUCAAGACGGGAUUCCCUCCAGAGGUUGGAUGGCUCGAUUCUUGCAGCGACAUCCACAGCUGUCGAGACGGACCGCCAGCAUCAUGUCCAAGAAGCGGGUCAUCACGGAAGAGGAUGUACGGGGCUGGUUUGCUGAAGUUGGCGGGGAUCUUAUGAGCAAUGAGGAGUACCGAGAGGCAUUGAAAGAUCCAAGCCGGGUCUCGAACAUGGACGAAAGUCCUUUUUGCCCGGUUGCCAAGAAACAAAAAGUCAUCGCCAAGAAGGGUACAAAGCACGUCCCUUGCACGACCCCAAACAACAGCCGUGAAUCCUACACCGUGCUGAUGGCGGGUUGUGCUGACGGCAAGGUAGCUCCUCCGCUAAUUGUCUUUCCGUACAAAGAGCGAAUGCCGACCGAGGUUACGAGGAGUGUCCCGCGCGGUUGGGGGAUCGGCAAAACCGGAUCCGGAUGGAUGAACUCGAUUGCAUUUUUUGAGUACAUCUCGAAAAUUUUUUACCCGUGGCUUCUACAGCAGCAAGUAAAGUUCCCGGUGAUUCUCACGCAUGUGAUGCAACCUCUUGACGUCGCAUUUUUUGCACCCAUGAAGGCUCAGUGGGAGUUUGAGCUGAAAGAAUGGCUGCUGCAGAAGAAGUGCAAAAGUCUUCUUCGAACAGAUUUGGCUCCUCUCCUCGAGAAGACGUUGAACGCCAUGGGCCACAAAGAGGAAUCUUUGGUGCACGGUUUCCGGAAGUGUGCACUUGUGCCGUUUGAUGUAGACGCGUUCGAUUUUUCCCAGCUCACGGAUCCGGCUGAUGCCCCACCGAACUUGACGGAUAUGAAUAGAUCUAAGACUGAAAUCGUUGAAAUCCAUCCGAACUCCGCAGACCUCUCCGGUUGCCAACAGUUGAAGGAGUCAGAACUUCUGCAAACCUUAAACAAAAGAUUAUCGCCAACUCAGUUCGAGCUCUUUGUUCAGCAUCGGAACAAAUUGUCAUGGUGUGGACCCGUAGAAGAUUCUGGGUUGUUCUAUUUCUGGAGAAAUCUCAUGGAUGAGAUUGAAGGGCCACCAGAUUAUUUGAUGCUGGACUCUCCGUUCAACGAGGUCAUGAUUGAUGACGCAAUUUACACUGAAGAGCUUUCAAACGAACUUAAAGAAGAUAAAACCUCAGCUGCCUGUGGUGACGCUUUCGACGCAGAUGAAGAUUCCGGAUUUGAAUCAUCGAUGCAAAUUGCAUUCCCUCCCCAAGAUGGCGCUGCUGGAGAUGUGGAUUGCCCGGAUGAGAAUUUCGAGGAGCUCGACGGCCAGAAUCGAUCACAAACAGAUGUUAAACCGGCCCAAUCUCAGCAGCCCAAAUCUAAGAAAAGAACCUACCCGUCAGUUGCCACAAGCGACGAGUGGUUCAGAAUUUAUCAGGAAGAGGAAGCGGAAAAUCUCGCUGUGGAAGAGGCAAAGAAACUGCGUAUCCAGCAACGAGCUACGAAUAAAAUGCAAAAGGAAAAGGAGAAGCAGCAAAGAGCAGACGAAAGACUCAAGAAGAAACUCGACAAAGAAAAGUGCAAGAAGCGCUAAAGUUUGUUUUCCAGUUUUAUUUAAGUUUUCUUUGCAGAAAUGAAUUCGUCACUUGAAAUGCAAGACAAUAA